GGCCAACAGAGCUAAACCAAUGCAUUUGGGUGCACAACAACAACGCCCCAAGCAACAACAACAACAACGCGAGCAACAAGAGAAACAUCAGAGAAGGCGUUUAACGUUUAGCAAAGGACGACAAUGUCAUCCCUGCAGCGUGAAUGGCAUUUACAGGGUUCACGGGGAUCGGUUUACUGCGCGAGUGAACCGGACCCAGCUGGUGGAGUCCAGUACGAGUCGGGAGGGCUCAUUCUCAACGAUACACUGGAUGCAUCCAAGAAGGCCAACGGCGUUGCGUGUCAGACCACAAGUGGUUCGCUGUUCUCAGUGGUGUCGGCACCACCAGCACCGCUGCCCACAGUGCCCACUGUGGCGGUGGCAUUGGCCGAAUUGGAUGUCAAGCAGAUGCAAGCGUUGUGUGUGCCUUCGCCCUCCCCUUGCGCCUCGUCAUGUGUCUCGCCAGCUCGUCGACCCGCCACACUCAGUUUGGAUGCACCCUGUUGCCCCCGAACGUUGCAUGCCAGUUUGCUGGAGCAUCAUAUAUCCGAACUGGAGGAGGAUGACAAUGAGAACCUGUUGACCGUGUCUAGCAUAACGGCUCGUCCGUUGAUAGCCAAAUCCCAUGAGUUGCGCAGCAGUCGCAAUCAAUCUUCGGGCACAGCGCGUGGCAAGUGCCUCAGACGAGGCAAGGAAGCGGAGCGACCUGUGCAGCGUCGCAACAAGCAGCUGGCCAAGGAUCGCGAGUCAUCCACCAGCACCACGGAGAGUGGUGGCGGUGUCGCUGAGCCACCCGACGGUGGCUACGGUUGGUUCAUCGUCUUUGGCGCCUUCUCUGUUCAGUUCUGGGUCGCUGGAUUGGUCAAAUCAUAUGGCGUCUUGUAUGUGGAGAUUAUGGAAACAUUUCCCAGCUCAACGGCCACCGUUGCCUCCUGGAUUCCGGCCAUUCUUUCGGCCCUCUGUUUGGUGUUGGCUCCACUCUCCAGCGCUCUUUGCCAGCGCUUCUCCUGCCGCUCCGUUGUCUUUGUGGGUGGCAUUUUCUGCUCCCUUGGCAUGGUACUCAGCUAUUUUGCCACCAGUCUGCUGCAUCUUCUGUUCACCUUUGGCAUUCUUACAGGCAUUGGAGGCGGCCUCUCGACUACGCCGGGAAUUGUGAUUGUCUCUCAGUACUUUGACAAGCAUCGGGCUUUGGCCAAUGGAAUCUGUGUGUCGGGCACAGCGGCAGGCAGCUUUGUGCUGCCUAUACUCAUAAAGCAUCUGGUGGAGAAUUGCGGCUUCCAUGGCACUCUUCUCAUUUUGGGUGGUUGCAUGUUGCACGUCUGCCUCUCGGCGACCCUUUAUCGGCCCCUAAGCGACUUUGGAGAGCAGACACAGGCUCAGGAUGUUGAUAGCAAGCCCAUUGGUGAUGACAUCAAUCCCAGCACAACGGGAAUACUCACCACAUCGACCUACUUGGACACCUGUGAGGUGGUGUCAAAUGAGUUGAACGACAAGUUCAUUGAGCAUUUGUUCCUGGAGGAGUGCAAGAAUCAUUUGAACUACUAUGCCAGCAAGCAACCAGCACAAGACAAGUCGGCGCAGGAGAGCGAUGAUGAGGUCAAGGACAUUAUUGGGGAAACCACCUUUAUCAAGCCCAUGAAGAAGGUGCGCAGUUCCGGUUUACUACACUCUGUGGAGGAUCUCAGCACCGACUCCACUUGGGUAUACCGGAAACACUCCGGCACCGAUUCGAACCGAGGCAGUCGACGACGUCGAAAUGUUUUUGCCAACGAUGAGACCAUCAACAAGAUUCAGGCUCAUCUGGAGAAGCCAUUGUCGCCACCCAGUGUGGUUAGUCGUGGUCUUAGCAAAAGCAUGGAGAUUCCCACACCCGUCAGCAAUCUCAGCGAGCUGAAGCAGCAACAACAAUCGGAUGGCAGCAUUCUGGACUCACAAUUACUGGAGUCGACGGUCGUCUACGAUGAUGAUGACGAUGACAACGAUGCCGUCGACGAGGAUGACGAUGAUGAGCGGAAACUCAAGCGCAGUUGCUGUGCCCGCAUCGAAAUGUAUCUGGACAUCAGUCUGCUCAAGGAUCCCAGCUUUAUACUGAUGUGCCUGUCCGUCACCCUCAUGUCAGUCGGUUGUCCCUAUAUGCUCUACUAUCUGCCCGCGCAUGUUAUAUCCAUUGGCUACAAUAAAAGUGAAGCAGGGUAUCUGGUUGCCAUCAGUGCAGUCUUGGACUUGUGUGGUCGCUUGGGCUUAGGUUGGCUUUCGGAUCUUCAUCUUUUCGAUCUGAAAAAGACCUAUACAUUAUGCAUUUUGGGUGCUGGUCUCGCUGUACUGACGAUACCCUUUGCCAAGACCCUGAUACUUGUCGGAUUAUCUGCUGCGGUUUAUGGUCUUUGUCUGGGCAGUUGGUAUGUGCUAAUGCCCGUACUGUUGGCGGAUGUCUUUGGAACGGACCGGAUUAGCUCGAGUUAUGGCUUGGUGAGGAUGUUCCAGAGCAUUGGAGCGAUAUCGGUGCCACCUUUGGCCGGCUUACUAAGAGAUCUGUCCGGUGACUAUGAGAUAUGUUUCUAUUGCAUGGGCUCCUCCAUGUUGCUGGGAUGUGCGCCUCUUAUUGUUUGGAUCAUUCUUGAGGCACGAAAUCAUCGCCUGUUUGUGCAUCAUGAGGAGGAGGACGAGUGCGAGGAGGCCUAGAGCAAAAUCUAAUCCUUAUCCUUAUCCUAGGGCCAGUGUCAUGGUUCAGUUUGUUGCUUAGCAGUUACUUGAUUAAUCGAAUUAAAUAUUUGUUGUCGUGUUUUGUAGCGUUUACAGUUAGCCCAAAAAAUGUUUUCCAUAGCAGUACAAACAAAACAAAAAGAAUGAAAAAAAACCUAAGUUCGAAUGCCUCACCGAUCACGUUGAUACUCUAACUAAUCACUCAUAUCCAAGCUGUUCUCAUCUCUUAAUCAUCGGCCUGCUUAUCUAAACUAUAAACAAGUCUAUAUUAUAAAUAUAUGAUGUUUUCCCAACAUGAAAAAGCA